GUCGUGUUCGGGUUGUCGAGUAGAUCGGUCGUGUUUUAAGUGGAGUGGAGUUUCGUCUUAAGGCUAACGCCAGUGUUGAAUGGAUCCUGCCAAGCUGAUAAUGAGUGUACUCUUCCUCUGGUGAAACAGCAGCUUAAGCCUCGUUCAGUGCGAUCAGUGAUAAGGUUACUUAAUCCGUACCGCAAAGGGAGAGUGAUUCAAGGGAUUACCAAAUUCGAGGAACAAAUAUCGUCUAUUGUCUAAUCAAAUGCCAAAUAGAAGCAAGUGACUGCACUGAACGGUGAAUCACAGGAUGAAGAUUCUUCUGGUGGCGGUUCUUGGACCUCUGUUGGUCCAGGCGAUCGGUUCCCGAGACCUGUACAGCUACAUCAACGAACCGAGCGAGAUCCUGCCCCGUGGUGAUGAGGAAUUUGCCGAGGUCAAGCUGGACACUCCGGCGCACUUUUACUCCGAGAAAUACGACACACUAUACAUCAACACCAACGGCAUCCUCUCGUUCGGGUCGGAGUUCAUGAACUUCCUCAACCUGCCCUUCCCGAUCGAGUACCCGGCGAUCGCGCCGUUCUACUCGAACGUGGACACCACCCUGCCGAACGACACCGCCGCGAUCGUGUACUUCCGAUCUGCUGAUGGGGAGCUGCUGGACCGGGUUGGGGAGUUGGUUCGGAGUAGUUUCGCCGAAGCGGGGGACUUUGAGGCAAGGGAGGUGUUUGUCGGGACUUGGGAGCACGUUGGGCACUUCAACAUGAAGAACGACGUCACGAACUCUUUUCAAAUGGCGUUGAUCCUGGGCGAGGAGGAGACGUACGUGCAGUUCUUGUAUCCGGAGCAUGGGAUCAACUGGAUUCAGGGCGAUACGGGGGAUUCCGGGUUGCCGGAUGUGCGGGCGCAGGCUGGGUUCAUCUCGGAGGACGGUCGGUUCUUCCAGCUGCAGGGAUCGGGAACGGAUAAUAUCAAGCACUUGACGGUAUCGUCAAACAUGGGCGAAGCUGGCUCGUGGUUGUUCAAGGUCGGACCGCUGGAUCAGGAGGAGAAUGUCCUGGAGCCGAACAUGAUCGAUGAGGGUGCGCUGAGGGAACCUCGAACCUGUGCCGAGGGUGGUCACUUUAAGUGUCAUUCUGCGGCGUCCUGUACGGACACACGCAGUGGAUACUGUUGCACGUGCAAAGCUGGAUAUUACGGUAAUGGGUUCAGCUGCGUCAAGAACGAUGUUCCGCUGAGAGUUGUGGGAGCUGUGAAGGGUUCGCUGAAUGACUGGACGAUCGAUACCCAGAUGCAGUCGUACGUGGUCAUGGCUGACGGAAGGACAUAUACGGCGCUUAGCCCGUUAGAAGACGACAUCGGUACUACGCUGCAACUGGCUCAAGUGAUCGGUGCCAGCAUUGGAUGGCUGUUCGCAAAACCCAUUGGAAACGUGCUCAACGGCUACCAGGUCACCGGUGGAAAGUUCAACCAAACAACCACGAUCAGCUUCGAUGGAUCCCACGACAACCUGCGAGUUGACCUGAUCUUCAACGGCUUAAACUUGUGGGAUCAACUGGCGGUAGACAUCCACAUCGAAGGCCAAGUUCCGCAGAUCCCACUUGGAGACAAGCUCCACAUCGAAGACUACGCCGAGAUCUACCAGAAGGCCAGCAAAGAUCGCCUGGAGUCUUACACCUCGCACAAGGUUCACAUUCCGUCGGAGGAUCGCGAGCUGUCGUACACCAUCCACCAGGUGAUCACGUUCGAAUCUUGCAAGUUCCUGGAGACUGACAGCGCAGCGAAUCGCGUCGCAACGCUGAAGACCAGCAAGAUCAACCUGGGCUACGAACCUCGCGAGAAGGCAAUCCGCAUGGGAAUGCUGAGCAAGGUCACCUCCGGAGAGCGGCUGAACCCUUGCGACGACGCAAACUGUGGAGCAAACACGGUCUGCGUGCCGAACGGAGACGAUUCGUAUGACUGCAACUGCAAGAACGGCUUCACGUACGUGCCGUACGCGGCCAACGAUCGCGUCAACUGCGUCGACAUCGACGAAUGCUCCGGCGUGAACAUCUGCGACGAGAACGCGCAGUGCAUCAACGAGCCGGGCGGCUACAACUGCGUGUGCCAUCCGGGCUUCGAAGGUAACGGGUACCAGUGCGAGCGGGCGAGAUCGUCGACCAGCUCGGUGAUCGUGGUUACGCCGCCGAACACGUACUACGAGGUGGACACGCCACGGGAACCGGAACACCGGGAAGCGCCGCAGGAAGACGAUCGGUGCGAAUACUGCUCGGAGUUUGCGGACUGCAUCAACGGACGCUGUGAGUGCAAAACCGGCUACGCUGGAGAUGGAUUCGUGUGCGAGAACCCGUGCGAUGCGGAUCACGUGUGGAACGGUGAGACCUGCGUUCGACAAGGCUCCACUGAAGAGUACGAGAUCGCGCCCUUCUGCACAGUUCAGGGUUGUACCUGUCCUACCGGAUACGCCUUGAUCGAGUACGCAUUCGAUCAGAUCUGUCGGCUGUUGGAGGCUCAGCCGGAAGAUCCGGAUCUUCCGUCGUGUGACGUCGAGAACAAUUGUAGUCCUUCGGCAAACUGUGAGUGGGACGAGCAUCAGUACCGGUACCAGUGCGUGUGCAAUCCCGGAUACGACGGUAACGGUUACACCUGCGUUGAGAAGGAGGUGUCCUGCCUGGACGAGGAGGACAUCUGCGAUCAGCACGCGACCUGCAACUACAUCGUCAGCUUGAAGAAAUCGAUCUGCGUGUGCAACAAGGGAUACGAAGGAGACGGUCGAACAUGCCAUCUUGCUCCAGAAUGUGCCGAGGACGAUGACUGCGGAAUGAACUCACUCUGUUCGGACGGACUAUGCGUUUGUCAGGACGGGUUCGAGCGGGACAUUUCCGACUUUUGCGUGCGCACCGGAUCUUGCGGAGGAGCGUACUGUGCGGAGAACGCCAUCUGCAUGCUGGAGAGAAGACAAAACAUCCAGUACUGUCACUGUCCGGACGGAUUCGUUGGAGAUGGAAUCCAUUCGUGCAAGUCGAUUCCACCUCCCUGUAACAUCCGGAACAACUGCGGACUGCACGCAUCCUGCGAGCCGGACUACAACAAUCCCUCUGUCUACGAGUGCAAGUGCAACGCCGGAUACUUCGGAGAUGGAUUCCUAUGUACUCCGGAACGGAACUGUCGCAACAUCCCGAGCUUGUGCGAUCCCAACGCCAAGUGUGUUUCCACGACCAGCGGAUACCAGUGCAUCUGUAACCAGGACUACAUCGGCAACGGAAGCGUUUGCAGCACUGCUCCACGGCUCGAUUCCGGAUUCCUGCUGAUCAGUCAGGGUGUCGCCAACGUUAAGGUUCCGUUCAGCGGAGCUCGUGGUCUCCCGGUGACCAUGGCCCAGAUGGCGAUCGGAGUGGAUAAGGACUGCGCAACGGGUCGCAUUUUCUGGAGCGAUAUCUCCGCUAAGCAGAUCUUCAGCUGCAAGUACGAUGGAACCGAUCGCAAGCCGUUCAUCACCAAGGACAUCGUAUCCCCUGAGGGAGUUGCUGUCGAUUGGAUCUCACGCCGUCUUUAUUGGACGGAUUCAGCAAAAGACACGAUCGAGGUGGCGAGCUUGGACGAUCCGGACCUCCGCACGAUCAUCGUUUCCAAGUACCUGGUGAACCCGCGAGGUAUCGCCGUUGAUCCUCACCAGAGCAAGCUGUACUGGUCGGACUGGAAUCGCGAGAGCCCCAAGAUCGAGUGGUCCAACCUGGACGGUACCGAACGGGAAGUCCUGGUCAGCGGACCCCAGGUUGAACUUCCCAACAGCAUACAGGUUGCACCGGGCACCGGCGAGCUCUGCUACGCCGAUGCCGGAACCAAGAAGAUCGAGUGCGUUGAUACCUACUCCAAGCGCAUCCGGACCGUGGCGAGCAACCUAACCUAUCCCUUCGGACUCGCCAUUACGGACGAUCACUUCUACUGGACCGACUGGACCACCAAAAAGGUCGAAUCGAUCAACACGUACGGCGAGCGGCAAAAGGGCAUCCCGUCGCCCGUUUUCGGCAGCCACAAGAUGUACGGAAUGACGGCCGUCACGGACAAGUGUCCGCUGUUCCACAGCCCGUGUGUCAUCAACAACGGGGACUGCCCGGAGAAGCGCAUCUGUCUGACGAACCCGCGAGCGCCGUCCGGCCGGGGCUGCAAGUGCGCGGACGAGUCCAACUGUAACGAUGUUAUUAUGGACUAUUGAGCGAGGAUCCUGUGAGGAUCGAAGGAGUGUUUGCAGCAAAAUGGAGGGAGAGUAAAGAAGUGUCUUUGACAGUAGCAUUUAAGUUUAAGCAGAUGGAAUCAUGGAAAUGUAUACUUUUGACACCGUAAUGUAGUUCGUAAAGUUAGUACAAUAAAGUCGAUUCAAAACGUAAA